AUGCCGUUGUAUUCAGAAUUGUACCACAACUUUGUCGGCAAUACCCCAAUCAUACCGACGCCGAUAGUUGCCGUUGGGUCCUCUACGUACAGCCCACCCACCUACGUCGGUGUGUCGCGCGCUUUCCCGAAUCCACUCUCAUCAACCAGCUCUCGUACUGCUCCCUCCUUCACCCGGGGCUACGUGCCCAAGCUAACUCCAAUCACCGAAACUCCGCUCACCAGCACCCGCAUAGCAGCGCUCGGGCGUGUCAGCUCACCCAAGUUUCUGGCCGGUCAUCACCACCAUCAUGGCCAUAGCUCGCCGACAUAUCAGAAACCGCGGCGAACUAUCAACACAGCGGACAUCGAUGUGUCGGCAUCUAAAUAUGCCGGUAGUACACGCACGCCAUUAUCCAGCUACCGCAGCUCAGCUGUUCUGGAGACAAGCGCCUCUGCAACGAAUUAUUCCGGUGCCGGUAGCUCUCCCGAAUCAUCAUCGUUAGCGACGAUUGGCACCUCUUCCAUCAACCUGCCCGAAGCAGAUCGUUCCGUUGGGACAUUAUCGAGCGUAACUCCGCUGUCAACACGCGAUCAAGAACUCAACGAACGCAGCGAACAACGACGCACUCGCUCUACAAUCAACCGUAACCGCACGGUUGUGCGAUUGAACACCAUCCGGGCGCGUAGCAAAUCACGCGGAAGCCGAGGCAGCACCGAAGGUCGGGAUCGCCUUACCCUGCCCGAUGUCGGUACCGAGCCCACUUUCGACGAAGAGAUGCUGCUGCUGGAACCACCCGCGGCACGGGCGGGUGUUGUCACCUCCUGGCGCGAUAACUUUCGCGAUGAGUUGUCCUUACGGCCCCGUACUCGUACCGAGCCGAGCAAAUCGCCCGGAGAGCUGCUGCUCGAGAAGCAUCUGAUAAGGGACGGGGAGACUGCGGUGGCAACGACAGACACCGCCUAUCCACCCACACGCUCGCCAGUGCCGAAGCGUCGUGGUACGAUCCGGCGCAAAAGCGCCGUCAAGAUACCUAGCUUUCACGAGAUUUGUGCCGACAUUAGCUCGGACAAGCUGGACGAUGAUCUGAACGCGGGCGAACUGCGCCGCCGGGCGUCACAACUGAUCGAGGACGAGUUGCUUCAGUUUCAAGAAGAGCUAAAAAAAGCAGCACCUGGCGCUAACAACCUCGCGCCCGACAUACUCGAGGAGCGGCUUAAAGAAGCGCUGGAGCAGCAGAAUGCACAAGACUCGGGCGUGGAGGUGGCCGAGAAGCGCAAGUUGAAGAAAAUCAAGCGCACCCGAACCAAGGUGUUGCCGGUGCCGCCUCCCGAACCGGAGGAGGAGAUGAAGUUGUCCACCGAACCCGUGGUGGUGGUGGAGAAUGCAGCGCCACCGCGGAUCGUGGCCGAGCUGGAAUCGAUUGAAGAGUGUACGGUGUACAAACUGCCGAAGAAGAAGAAAAAACAACCGGAGGAAACGGCCGCGAAGAAAGCGAUUAACACAGCUGGGUUGCGGAAAGAAACGACCGAACAGGGUCGCACCGAACCCACGCUGCAGAAGGUACAGCUGGUCAUAGUGGACCAGCCAAAACCCCACCAGGCGGAUUUGAUAAACGGGGUGCAGGAAUCGUCGAAGCGGGCUUCGGCGGAAACCGACACCAAAACACUUGUCGGCGGGGCAGGUCCUUCCGACUUUCAGGAUGCGGCAGCACCAUUAUCGAAACCAACCGCACAACUCGCAGAGCCGCGCAAGACAGCCAAGACUGGUAUAAAGAUGUACGUGCGUAAGAAAACGAUAGAGAGUCUAGCGGAACCAGUACUUAUUGAACCUUUGAUAAGUACUGAGAGUAGUACGCAUAAAGCAACCAUUGAGGUGAAAUCUGACACGCAAAUACAGCCCAAUAAACAACCAUCUGUGAAGAAGAAUGAUUUAGAAAAGGGCACAACAGAUACAAACGCAUCAGUAAAGCCAAAAGAACCGAAGGAACAUGCGGACACACCGAUGAAUGAUGUGAAAGCUGUGGCACGCAAUGAAGCAAUGAAAUCGGUCGAAAUUAGUGAAACAGUCACACCCAACACCACCGCCGUCGCGCAGCCUUUGGCAAAACAAUCAAAGCAAGCGGUAAGCUGCAAUGCUGGAAAUGGGCAAGCAAAUCGAAACCAAACGGUAGAAAGUCCGGCAACAACUACGGAUAAUAAUAUUACGGCCGUUGAACGAAAGGUUGCCAGCUUACAGGCAGGAGGAGAGCUCAAAGUCGACGAGGCAAGGUUGACAAAACCAAAUCAAGCAACAGAACCAUUGACUGCGACUAAAACGGCAGUCGACGCAAGGCAAACCAAAGAUGCACUUGUCGAACAGGUAAAUUCGAUUCCCAAGACCCAAGAAUCUGGUGCACUGAAUGUGGCCAAGAAACCAACCCUUCUAGCGCAAUCCACAGCAGCUUUAAACGACCGCAAAGCGUUGAAUCCGCCGCAAGUUAAACCAGCGAACGCGACGAAAAUAGUCCCGGGCAAGCUCGCUCUGCGUGAGAAGCCUAUCGAUUUGAAGCGGUCCUCCGAAGAAGUGGACUUCUGGAGUACUAUUGGCACGCGAGAGACGGUAUCAUUUGCACGGCGUAAGCAGCAGCUGGUGUUCCUCCGGCCAACAGAGGAAGAAGAAUCACCACCAGCUUCACCAAGCCAACCAUUGCAGGGCUUACCAACGUCCCCAACUCUACCGAAAACGUCUGAAGCUAAUAAGCGAACAUUAGAGCAAAUUAAACUCCCAACUGCUAAAGAGGUGCUAGCUGAACCUUCUAGUAAAAUUACUACUGCUACUAAGGAACCAGUGGCUGAACCGACAAAGGCUAAUGAAGUUGCACCAAACUGUUGCAAGGUGACCAACACUCCUCAAAGCCCUGUAAAGACCAAACCAACAGCCGAUAGUUUGAAGUUUUUUAAGCAUCCCGGGAAUGUGGAAACAACUCCACCGGAAAAAUCUAAGGCAGUAGACGAGAAAGUAGCUAAAGUUGCAGAAGUAGUAGAGGUGCAAAAAAGUAAACCCAUCAUACGCGAGCCUGAUGUAUCCAAGCUAAAACCAAACGCGCCUUCGGAUGCAUCGCUAGCAAAAGCUGAACCAUCCCUCGUUUCUGAAACCACCGCAUCAACCGGGAAGCUAGCUCAACCACAAUCUACGCCAGCACCUGCUCCCAAGGUUUCGAAAACGGCUACGGAAAAUGCUACAGCAAACCCGAAAGGAAGUUCUUCAACAGCAACGGAACCCUUAACGAAACUCAUUACACACCCAGAACCAUCCCUUCCGAAAGACAAGACCAGCACAACACUGGAUCCAGCAACGCCAAAACCAGCCGGGGCCAAACCGUCAAUUCUAGACGCGAAACCGGACACCGCCCCGGCGAUGCCGUUGGCGAAAGCAAAGCAGUCCACCGUGCUGGAGGUUUCUGCUCCGAAGGCCACAACUUCCGCUCCCACAGAGAAGGCGCCGACGAAGGCAAGCGUCGCCAAAACACUUCCGCUGCAAGAUACCAUCCCCAUCGCUACGCUCGAUACGAAAAAACUAUCACCGAAGGAGCUGAUCAAAGCCAUCGCACCCAACAUUGCGGCCGCCGCCGAAAAGAAGAUAGCGCAGGAGAAAAUCAAACCGCCGGAAGCGAAACAGAGCAUCGCGCCUGUGGCCACCUCCACGUCUGUGGCCGGCAAUACGUCUGCUGCCGCUGUGCCAACCGGGCCCGUGGAGGGCAACGUCAAACCAGACGAAGAGCUGAAGAAAAAAGUCAUCACGAAGAAGGUGGUAAAGGUGGUGAAGCCAAAAGUAUCCACCGCCCCGAAGGCAAAGUCUGAAUCGGAAAUGGAUGGUCAAACCGGGCAGGAACAGGAACAGCGCCGAUUGGCGCAACAGCAGCAACAGCAGAAUCUCGAGCGCAUGAAGACGAAGCUGAACCAAAUCACGCUCAACAUGGGUGUGAAGGGUACCGAGGUGGAGGUAAAGGAGUGCCAAAAAUGUCAAUCGGCGAUGGUUUCCGAGGCGCUUCCGGUGGCGGUAGCCAUCGUGACGGCGAUCCCUGCGACACCGAAAGCCCCGAAGCAGCCGAUCGCCAACGGGGCGAAGCUGACGAAGAAUAAAUUCGGUACGCUAGACAACCUGAGCGACUUAUCAUCUGUGAGCGUUCGCGAACGAAACAUCACGGGCGUCGCGAGUGAGAAACCGUCAGUGGUGAAAGCAAAACAGAAGCAACCGGUUGCGGCUGGUGCAGAGCUACCGAAGGUGUUCCAAUCGAGCAGUGAAGAGGACGGUAAAGAGGAGCAAAGGGCAGCUGCUGGUGUGGGAGCGCGCGUCGAUAACGACAGUGCAUCGGAAACCUCGUUCUCCGGCGUAGAAGACGACUGGUCAUCGGAGGAGGAAGACGACGACGACGACAUGGCGAACGAUAAGCCGGAAAAGAAGAAGCCGUUCGAUCCGACCAAGCGCGUCAAGCUGAACUUCGACCAGAUGCGGAAAUGUUACUCCAAGGAGGAGAAGUCCCCGAUCGUGCUCGUGGCCCGGCCGCGCCCGCUCUGGAAGGUGAAGCGGCACGGCCAUCGGCACAACCGGAAGGCAGACCUGACCAGCAGCAGCGGCAGCAGCAGCAGCAGUGACGACGAGAGCACCAGCACCUCCACCACAACGAGCAGCGGCGCGACGACCAGCACCACCGACCAUACGUCGUCCGAGCCGGUAUCGAUUAUGGACGGUGCCACAUCGGACAUCAACACCGACAGCAGCGUCAACUCGAGCACCGGCGGAAAGCAGAAGGGCCAAAAGGGCAAGGCGAAGGGCAAGGGACAGAAAGGAAAGCCGGAUCCGUUCAGUGACAUAUACGACAACCCGAUGGUGAUCCCGCUGCACGCGGAGCCGCGGACGAGCAGUCGGAAGAGUGGCGGUUCCUUUGUGCCGCCGCACCGGGAUGAAAACAACAACACACCGGCCGACCUGGACGAGGAUGAACGGGCACGGUCGAUCGGGGCCGGGCAUGAGGUACGCAGUGCCAGCACCAGCAGCCAUGACUCCGGCUUCUACGGCGGUGGCACAGCGCCGAUCAGCCCGAAGAAGGCACUCGAAACGUCCUACACUUAUGCACAGUUCCAGAAGACGGGCAAACUCACGGCUCCUGCGACCGUGAUACCGCGCUUCCGGAAGUACAACGUUGAUGAUUUCCACUUUCUCACCGUCCUGGGCAAGGGCAGCUUCGGCAAGGUUUUUCUGGCCGAGCUGAAAAAUUCCGACUACUACUACGCAAUCAAGUGCUUGAAGAAGGACGUCGUGCUGGAGGAUGACGAUGUCGACUGCACGCUGAUCGAGCGGAAGGUGCUGGCGCUCGGUACCAAGCAUCCCUUCCUGUGCCAUCUUUUCUGCACCUUUCAAACGGACAGCCAUCUGUUCUUCGUGAUGGAGUACCUGAACGGCGGCGAUCUGAUGUUCCACAUCCAACAAAGCGGUCGCUUUCCAGAAGCUCGUGCCCGCUUUUACGCUGCCGAGAUUGUGUCGGGGCUCAAAUUUCUACACCGGAAGGGUAUCGUCUAUCGUGAUUUGAAGCUGGACAACGUGCUGCUCGAUUACGACGGGCACGUACGGAUAGCGGAUUUUGGCAUGUGCAAACUGGAGAUCUACCUGGACAAGCUUGCAGACAGUUUCUGUGGCACACCGGAUUACAUGGCGCCCGAAAUAAUCAAAGGGCAAAAAUACAAUCAAGCCGUCGACUGGUGGUCGUUCGGUGUGCUGGUGUACGAGAUGCUCGUUGGCCAGUCGCCCUUCAGCGGGUGUGACGAGGAUGAGUUGUUUUGGUCCAUCUGCAAUGAGAUACCCUGGUUUCCACAUUAUCUCUCCAAGGAAGCGCUACGAUUGCUACAGUCGCUUCUGGAAAAGGACGCCUCGAUACGGCUCGGUGUGCUCAACACGAUGGAUGAGGAGAGCGACAUCAAGUAUCACCCUUUCUUCAAUAGUAUUAUCUGGGACAAAUUGGAGAGACGAGCCGUCGAACCACCCUUCAAGCCCCAAGUCCGACAUCCACUCGACACUCAGUAUUUUGACAAGCAGUUCACUCGUGAACGAGCGCGACUGACGCCCAUUGAUCGGAACAUCCUCGCCUCGAUGGACCAGGCCCAGUUCGAGGGAUUCACCUACACCAACCCCAACAACACACUGACCAAAAUACGCGAGAAGCAGAAGAAAAAGCAAAAGAAAAUGUAUUUCUGUCCCCAGUGCGGUGAUAUCAAAGUGACGUACAAUAUCUUCUAA